AUGGCACGCCCAAUCCACCUCCCCAACCUCACCACCAGAGAGGCCAUCCAAGAUGCUGUCUACCGCUGCGUAAUUGGUUUCGACCGCCAUGACCCCGAGAUAUUCGAAUCCUCCAUGACAGGCGAGGACGCUGUUUUCGAACUCAAGAUUGGCUCCGGCGAACCGCAGAUAACCACCGGCGUCACUGCUAUGAAGGAAGGCGUCUUAAAAGCUGUCGGUCCCCUGGAUACCCUACACAUUCUCAGCAAUUUUCGCAUCAAUUACACAGAAGGCGCAAACACUGCUUCUCUGACGGCAUAUGCACAGGCACAGCACUGUCCGCCUGGACGGGGUGCUGAGCCGGACGGGCCGAAGUUCAUGUCUGGAGGAGAGUAUCGAGUUAAUCUAGUCAAGGAUGAGAGUGACGGGCUAUGGAAGGCAUCGAUGUUCGUUGUGGAUAUUAUUUGGGUACAGGGUGAUUUUUCUGUGAUGCAGUCUGCACAGUCCGGGUGA